GCGCGGGGAGACGCGGGACGGCGGAGGGGCCCCGGGACCCCGUCAGCCCCUGCGCAUCUCCGCCGCCGGAUCCUGCGCCCAGCUCUUGCGCCUCCCGUCCUCCCCCGGAAAGAAAUUCCAUCCCAGGAAAUUACAGAGAAACGUGCGGCCGACAUCCAGAAAACAGAGUCCUACCCGUCUCCUUAGCUCAUGCCUUCCUCUGGAAAUGCUGCUUUCUGUCAAGCCGACUAUCAAAACACAUUAAAUAUGAAGAUUUGAUAGAAAAACGUAUAUAUAAGCCAACAGUAACCCAUAAGAUGAUUCUCUACAAUGCCUACCCCAGGAGGAAUUAUUCCACAAAUAAGGGCCCAGCGUGACAUUUAUGAGAAAGCCAGGGUCCUCCUGUGCAAAAUUGAUUGGUUCUCAGCCAAUGGGCUCCCGGGCGUUGCAAACAAAGGCACCUUCUCCACUGGGACCUAUCAGAUGCAGGGCAGAGUAUUGCCUCUGCCUUUGGAACUUCAGGAAAUGCUCAACUCCUAUCUGGGCAGCACACAUCUGUGGCCAGCAAAGAGGAACCUGGCUUUGAAAAUGAAACAACUUCCUCCUCAAUUCGUUUCCAUCUUGGCCAUCUAUUGCUUCUGCAUGCUACAGAUUCCCUCCUCAGGAUUUCCUCGACCUCUAGCUGAUCCCCCAGAUGACUUGGAUAUCAUGCAGCUUGAGUGGCUGGCAUAUGGGGCAACUCUUUCUUGGCAAACUAAGUUUCCGCCGGUGCACCCGUUAAUGAGCCUGGCCGCACAGCUCGCCAACCGAAGGAUGAAAAGGUUUCAGCAGCAGCGCGAUUCGAGGACUGAUGCAGGAGAUUUCACCAAGAAGGAUCACACUGCCACCUUGGGACGACCAUUUUUCCUUUUCAGGCCAAGGAAUGGAAGAAACACUGAAGCCAACACCCAGUAGGAUAGUCCAAGAAUUCAGUGGCAAAGAGAAACUGGAUCAGAUAAGGAAAUCGAGCAAUUAUUCUGAACAAAUGUCAAAUUUCUUUCUGUGAACAAUACUUAAAGAUAAUUCUCUUGCUCUGUAUUCUCCAGAAUAUUCAGUUGUGUAAAAAAUAAAGUAGCAUAGGCAUA